UGGGAAUCGUGGAUGGGACAGGAUGCAUGAAGCAAGCAGGCAACUUUCAACCCCUCGAUAAACUCUCCCCCAUCACGGCCGAAUGAAGCAAGACAUGCCUAGGUCGGCAUGAUAGGUAUCAUACAGCAUGAUAUUAUGCACCCCGGUCAGCAGGAAACAAAGCACAGUACCGCAAUUCCAAAGAGAGUCCAACCCUCCUCCUUCUCUCCUUCUCUCUCUCUCUUCUUUUUUUUUAAAGCCCCCUUCGGCCGCUCACGCCAGUGGGUUCCCCCGGGAAAUCUGGAGGAGGAAGGAAAGGAUUAGAGGUUCCCAGAUCGCUAGGCAGGACCCAAUAAACAAGGCAGCGGUCAAGCGCGGACCAAACGCAGGAGCGGGCCGUACCGGUACUCGUACUGGUACGUCGCGGCGCCGUACUGUGCUACACUCUACGAUAUUGUACGAGUAGUGUACAGUGCUGUAGUUCUAUAUACACCCCCCCCCCCCACCCUUCUCCCCACAGAUUAUGAUGGUAAAGUGCUAUGAUACUUAUCCGAUACACCUAGUCUACGGCACUGCUACAGUGCACAGUGCAGUGUUCGCACUGUACUCGUACGAGUACGGUACGUGCCGAGUCAUAUCAGGGUCCUCCGAUGGGUCCCGACUGGCCUCCUUCCUCCUUCCUCCUUCCUCCUUCCUCUGUCUUUUGUCUUCUCACCUGCCUGGCUGGCUGCCUGACUGCCUGACUGCCUGCCUUAGACUAACCCCCCACCACCCCUCCACACCUAUCCUCCAUCUAUCUAUUUUUCUUAAAACAAACAUGGUCACGCUGUUACGCACCCGACUUACAGCCCCUCUUUUCUUUCCUUUUUUCCCUCUUCCUUACAAUCCUUUUUUUAUAUUAAAAAAAUAAUAAUAAAAGACUAACUUGUCAUUUUUCUUUUUUUUUCCGAUUGCGCGGCCUUGGUUUUAAUGUGAAGGAGCCGGCAGCUGGGCAAUUGGCUGUCGAGUGAAUGGAAUUGGAUUCGUGUGGCAUGAUCGCUGUUCUGUGCUACGCUGGCGAGAGGAAAGUGUACCGUGUGGGAGUAGACUAAACUUCAGACGAACAGGCGAACAAACGAACAGACGGAGGAAGGAAGGAAGGAGCAAAGGAU